GUCUUCUGCUGGAAGCUUAACAAAUCUCAACCGCCUGCUUCAGAGACUUAAUAUCUGUGUGUGUUAGCCAGGUGUUUGAUUUUGCCUAGUGUCUGAUUAACUGAUUAACACCCAUUUACCCCCUCUGUGUCUUCUGACUGUCCACUACUGUCCUGCGUCUCUGAAUGUGUGUACUUUUGCCCCUCAGUGUAUUUGUGUGUUUCUGUUUGUACACCCUGCUUUGUGUCUUUCUCCGAUUGUCACAUUGUGUGACUGAAGGCCUCUUGUCCCCUGUGUUCGUGCAGCAUAAGCUGAAAUCUUCACAGAAGGACAAGGUACGACAGUUCAUGUCCUUCACGCAAGCGGGGGAGAAGACAGCUGUGUACUGCCUCACUCAGAAUGACUGGAAACUAGAGGUGGCCACCGACAACUACUUCCAGAACCCAGACCUCUACUUCAAGGAAUCCAUGAAAACCUCAGUCGACAGAAAGAAGCUGGAGCAGCUCUACAACAGAUACAAAGAUCCUCAGGAUGAGAAUAAGAUUGGGAUUGAUGGAAUACAACAGUUUUGUGAUGAUCUCAAUCUGGACCCGGCCAGCAUAAGUGUUCUGGUAGUGGCAUGGAAAUUCCGAGCAGCGACGCAGUGCGAGUUCAGCAGGAAGGAGUUCCUCGAUGGCAUGACGGACUUGGGGUGUGAUAGUCCAGAGAAACUCCGGGCUCUGCUGCCUCGAUUGGAACAGGAACUGAAAGACAGUGGAAAGUUUAAGGACUUUUACCAGUUUACAUUCAACUUUGCAAAGAAUCCUGGACAGAAGGGUUUAGAUUUAGAGAUGGCGGUAGCUUACUGGAACCUAGUUCUGACCGGUCGUUUCAAGUUUCUUGACCUCUGGAAUAGAUUUUUAUUGGAGCACCAUAAGCGAUCAAUUCCAAGAGAUACGUGGAACUUGCUUCUGGAUUUUGGCAACAUGAUUGCAGAUGAUAUGUCAAACUAUGAUGAGGAAGGAGCGUGGCCAGUACUCAUAGAUGACUUUGUGGAAUAUGCCCGGCCAAUUGUGACUGGAUCAAAGCGCAAAACUGUAUAGGACUGGCUCCGCUGUUUGACAGCUUGGGUCUUUGUCACCUCACUGAAUUCAGCUUUUUUUAAAGACUUGUAUAAAAUUACACACACACAAACAAACAAACAAAAAGGGAAAAAAAGAAGAAACGCUUGAAAACUCCAAGCUUGAUGACAGAAGAAGGGGAUAGAAAAGACUCAGGCCUCAAUGCAGUACAAAGGAGAAAAGGUCCAGAUGAAAGUGGGAGACUCAAGCUUUGUUUUAGAGCUGUCACGUGCACGAUGUCAGCUGCUGCUGCUGGUGAACUAAUCUUGUCUUGAGACCCUGAGGGAUUCUGGGGGAUCUCCACAAAUCCAGUACCUCAUCCUCAUGGCAGAAUGGCAGACAGUGUCCCACUUGCACACCUAUCCCAUUCACACUCUGCAUCACAGAACACUAGGACAUGAAGUAACGUGUUUCACAACAGAAUUUUUUUGUUUGUUGCCUGGAUACGUACCUCCUUUAAGACUUAACAUGAUGUAUAGAUCAAAUGCACUUUCAAAACCAGAGACCCCUGGACAGAGCAGCAUGCAGCUCACACCACCAGCACAAAACUUGUUGCCGUUGUAAAAUACUGUAUCUACUGUAGCAGUAUGUACAGAGAUGACUAUUAUAAAUAAAACAAUAUUUUAUAAAAUAUGAAAAAGUCAUUUAUAAAUGUGUGGAAAGGUGAUUUGUGUAAAGGAAAAAUGAAUAACUCUUCUUUAAUGCCUCAGUAUCACAUAUGGUUUCAUUUUAGGUCAUGUAUUCCACUAACAUUGCGCUCUUGCAGAAUCUGGUUUAAGAGCAAUGCCAUUCAGUGUUUCUCAUUUUUUUGUUUAUCAGUCGCAGAAUUAUGUAAAAAUAAAUUAUUGCCCAAGUA